CAUGAAAUGAUACGGGAAAAGGGUUGACUCUACGUUCUAGUGCGGAUGGAGGCUCCGGUGAUGGGCUUCUGGGUUUAUACGGCCUGUAUUUCGUAGCCAAAAUUGAUUCAACCCGCGCAAAUUGCCUGAAUCACCCUACACAAGAAUCUUACAUUAGGAACGCAAAGAAUGGUUUACACAGGGAUGCAAUGUCUUUUACAGGGAUGUAUAGAACUCGCUCCAGACCCUCAUGCUCACGUGACUUUGGUCCUUUGGACUCGAGGCAAUUUUGGUCAUUUGGAUACGAGUCAGAUUUUUUUCCCUCUUCCUCCGGAAAAAAUAAAAAAAGUGCGGAUUAAAGAACCGUGCUCGCCCUAGGCCCCGACGCGGUUACUAAGAAUGCCGGGAAGUGUUUUUUUCUUCUUUUACAAAGUUAACAAAGAUGGCGGGUGGUUGUGGUCUUGUUCGGUCUUGUUGGGAUUUACUUCUUAAUUCUUCGUAGUAUGGGAAUCCUCCAUAGCUGGUCAAGCAAGAAUGUGAUGGAAAAAAUAUUGGUGGAUGUAACGAAACUAGUUUUACUGACUAGCCUGUAACGGAGGAGAGUUUUUAUUGUCGUGAUUUGAACUAGCUGGCCUUGGACACAGUCUUCACGAAAACUCUCAGCAAGCUCACAGUGUUAGGAAAUUUAGUUCAUCAUGGAACUUAAUGUGGAAUUGAAAUGUUCGGAUACGAAGAACGUCCAACAUUUCAAGAUGACAGUAGAAGACUGGGAUAGCAAAUGUGUGAAAGAAUUGAAAGAGCUUUUAGAGAACGAAAUCCAGGUACCUGCCUGUGACCAAAAACUGUAUUACGAAGGACGACUUCUACGGAAUCACAAUUUCUUUCCGCUUAAGAAGUUAUAUCUGCGUAAAGGUGACACUGUCUUAGUGGAAUGCAUCGCACAAGGUGAUCUUGCAGAGAUAAAAGAUCUUAUAAAAGAAAUUAAAGAGUUUUGGAACACGAUAACGUGUGAAGAUCAAAGCGAGCUGUUGACGGUUACCAGUUCAAAGAAAGUUGACAGCAGCUCUUAUGUGAGUUACGAUUACAUAGCUCGUUCUUUGGAUCAGUUGUCUUUUGAAUACUUUAUUCCGUGGAAGAAUGCCAAGUCACUGGUACACCGGCAUUACUUUGUACAAGAAGGUGGUUUUGAUGCGUUCAUGGCAGUAUUGAAGUUUGCCAGUAGAAGAUACAAGAUAGAAAAGAAACCAGGGUCAAAGAAAUUGUUUGGAAAAUCCAAAGCAGAAGACUCUUUGAUAUUGACUGGCCAGCUCAGAGACUUGAACCAUGAGCAGAUGAUCUUGCAUAUGCACUGUUUGAGCCUGUUGUGGAAUUUUUCUGAGACGCUGCAUGAUCGCAGGCUGGUGAUGCACAAAGGAGGGCUGCCAUUUGUCAUAAAAGCUUUGCUCUCUGAUCCUCUCGAGUACUUAGCUAGAUCUGAUGAGUACUGGGCGGUUGCAAGCUUAAAUGAAACAGCUGUUGGCUGCCUUGUUCAGUACGCCGAGUUUCCUGAUUGUCAAGAAAUUAUUGCCAGAAGUUCUGAGACUGUUGGUAAACUCAUGUUCAUGGUAGGAAAUCAGUUUUGUUCUCCUUUGGAGAGUGGACCGGUCAAUAAUUCAACUUACACAGAGUAUUCAGCCCAGAUUGCUGCCAAUACAUUGUUCUGCUGUGCAUGCAGUUUGCAGACACCAAAGAUUCUGGUGGAAAGCGGAAUGGACAAAAGGAUGUUAAACCUCAUACAGCUAUCAGUAAGGGAUGAUCUUGCUCUCAGUUACUAUUGUAUUCUGUUCCUGGCAAGAAUAAGGUCAUCUGCACUGGUUUGUUUAGACCCUCAAACAGCAAAAAGCAUUGAUGAUCUCAUUGCCUCGUUCUUACAGCAGUACAAACCCAUCAACGUUUCACUCUGGGAAGAAGGACACAAUUAUGUCUGGGUUACUAUGACACCAUUUGUUAGCCUGGCAUUUUCAGGGAGAAAAGUUGAAACAGAACUCCAAAAUUCUGUUUUGCACAAAUCCACAGAUGAACUGUUCAAGGCUAAAUAUGAAGCCACUUUGCUGGCCGAACAGGAAAAAACAGAUGGUCCAAAUUUUAUCCCUGCAGAACACAGUGUUGUCCAGGAAAAGAAUGAUCAUGAUGAUCAAGGUCAGGGCAAGCCAGUUUUCUCUGAGACUGGUAUGGAUAAAAGGGAACCCAAAAAUCAAAAUUGGUUUGAUGCAUCUUAUGUAAAUGGCAAUCCCCCGUCUCUCGACACUGAUGAAGCAGUAAGCCAAUCUACAAUGCUUGGAUCAACACAAACUCAACAGCUUGGGCUUUUUACUGUAAAACAUAUUCUGUACUCAAAUGAAAAUCGCCAGCUUGUUGAACGGGAAAAUUUGUUACCUUAUCUCAAUUGUUUAUGCUGGCACGUCAAUCCUGAAGAGGGCAGGCUCUUAAGAGCUGAAUUAGCAAAAUAUUGGUCACCAAGACCUCCUCCUCUUAAAAUUAUUUGCAAGUCAAUAUUGGCUUUUGUUUGUGGGUUCGAGUCUGCUUUUAAAAUGUAAUUCCAUAAAUUACAACCCUUAGCAUUUUUGUUAAAAAGGUGUCUUUGGUGAGCUUAUUUUAAGGUAAGAGGGUUGGUGUUAUUAUUUUAUAAGGCUUGCCCUCAAAUCCAGCUGUGAAAGCCUUACUUGGAAAGAAAAAAAUGUCUGCGACACUCAAGACUAAGACGCUCGAGGUGGGAAAAGCAUAGGGUAGAUGAACACAUGCUCAUGCCGGCCCUAUUCAACAAUGGGAGGCUAGGACAACUUUUAGAAAGUCUACCUAGACUUAGUAGUAUGGGAAUAUGUUCUAAAAUUGUUGUCUUUUUAGUUCAUGUUUUUUUUUUUUUCCAUUUUCUUAAUACAGCUGUAGGUUGAGAUAAUUAUGAUCUCAAGCACCGUCCAGAAAACAGUGUUUCGUCACAUUCCAAACACCUUGAAUUUUGUCAAAAAAUACUCUGCUGGAGUCAUAUUUUCAACUCUCUUUGUGUUUGGAAAUAUAACAAAAUGCUGUCCUCUCUUCAUCAAACAGCACACAACAAAUUCGUAGAAUUAUCAUUAGUUAGUGGAAAACAAUGUUUCCUUUAAUAACACUGUUUGUGCAUUUUCCCAAUCUACAUGAUUAUUGCAAGGGUUAGGCACAAUGUCCCUAGUACAAGUUAUCAUAAUUAUAAUACAAUACUGUUUUACAGUACACAGUCCUAUGAAUGUCAUUAAAUGAAUGAUUCAUACAUUGUAAGCAAUAAGAAUAUCCUAAAACUAUUUUUAGGCUACAUUUGGUCGAUAGUUUACACAAUCAAAUUUACUUUAUAUUAUUUUAAAGAUUGUUAUCCAAAACAUUAACCUGAGUUAAUAAAUAUUAUUACAUGAGUACAUGUACAGCACAAGUGUCAAAUUUGACUAUAUUUUGAUCAGUUUUAACCAAUUAAUUAACCAUCUUAAGCUUUACAUUGCAAUGUUAUUAACUAUGUAAGAAUACUUACAUUUCUAUAUGACAAUUUUUUUACCUCAAAUAUUCUUAUUAAAAUCACAGUGCAAAAAAUAAUGAUGUAUAAUUAAAAAUAUUAUUGACAAAGCUAUGUUUGCUAAGGCUUACAUACAAAGCAUUAUGCACACUAAAUAAUAUUGUUUGAUUUAAAACCUCUGUACAGUUUUUAAUUAUACACUAAAAUCUAAAUGUAAAAAGAAACUAAGAAUUACCUUAAUUUACUAUUGUCCAUUAGUCUAAUUAGAACACUACUGUCAUGCAAAUAUAUAAUAUUUUAUACAUAACAGAGUGGCUGUCUGUUGGCAAAUGCACAUUAGUUGUAGUUCUACACAGUGUUGCAGACAAGUGGGAAGUCUCAGGUAAACAACCCUACAAGGUCAGCUACAUGACCUCACAAAUUACUAGAAAAUUAAUAAUGAUUUGAUGGGGGUAGUGGGAAUUGACCCAUUGAAAUUCCUUCUUGACACCCAACUUUGAAAUCUCAUCUGGAGCCCUGAUUUCAUUUCUACAUUCAGCAAAACUGUUUAAAACUACGUCAGCUACUGGGUUAUACUAAAAUAAAAGAUUUAGAACCAUUUCUCUUGGUGCCAGCCGAUAGAAACCUUGAUUUCACAGUGCAGUAACUACAGACUGUAAUUAUUAUUACAUAAUACCUCCUCAGAGGUGGAUAAAAAAUGUAUUUUUUUGGAUUGUACUACCUGGAUUUCUGUCAUGUUUACAUGGUAUGAAAUUAUUCAUGUCAAAUUGUAGGCAUCUCUCUUGCACUGUUGGCUGAGUGUGAAGAGAUGUCUGUAGUAUUAAUUAAAACUACCAAACAAUUCCUUGA